UCCUCCCCCCACCCCCAAGCUCCCCAGGGGACUGGGUCACUCUGGACCUUGCUACUUCCUGCUCCUGGCUGCUGUUGCUCAGAGACUAUGGAGCAGUGGAGGCAGCUGAGGCAGGCUGGACUCGUGCCCCCAGGGCUAGGCCCACCUCCCCCGGCCCUGAUGGCGGUCCCCCCAGCGGGGAGGGCUGAUCAGACCCUCAUGUCCCCAGGGUUAAACACUGAAGGUGUCUGGGACCGUCUUCUGUGGAUCUGGGAAGAGCUGGGGAACCUCCGCCGAGUGGACGCCCAGCUGCUGGGCCAGCUGUGCAGCCUGGGGCUGGAGAUGGGGGCACUACGGGAAGAACUGGUUGCCUUCCUGGAAGAAGAGGAGGAGAAGGAGAGCAUCGAGGAAGAGGAGGAGGGCAAAGAGCCCGAGCGGAAGAAGGAGGAAGGACACCGGGGGGCCUCCCGCCCAGCCCACUGCCACCGCCUCCCUGACUUUGAGAUGACCAUCUGAGGCCCUGCCAAUGUGCUUCCGAUUGACAGGAAUGAGAUGCAAAUUUAUGCAAAGAAGAGGGGGGAUGUGCAGGUCAAAUCAAGUGAAAUGUUGAUUUGGAGCCCACAUGUGUUCCUUGAACAAGUACUUUCUCUGAAGAUGUCUGAGAUGAGACUGAGGGGUUGGCCUGUGAGCUGUGGGCAUGUUUGUGGGUGAUCAGGGAGGUUUGUAGAGAAACUCUAGGUGUAUUUGCAGAGGAGCCGCAGGUGUGUUGCAGAGGAGAGGUGGGUCUCUGGUGGAGAUGUGGGUAGAUGGCUACUGAGCACCUGAGACGUGGCUAGCCCUAAUUGAGAUGCUCCGUAUGUGUGACAUACACACCAGAUUUCAAAGGCUUGGUAUGAUAAAGAGAUCAAACAUUUCAACAAUCUUAAAAAUUAAUAACAUUGAAAUGAUAAAUAUUUUGAGUAUAUUGGGGUAAAUAAAAAGAUUA